AUGAAUAAAUUUAUUCAAGAUAAAAACUACCAUCCAUCAUAACUUGAAGAAAUUACAUCAUUAAUAUAUAAAAUAACAGACAGACAGUCCAAAUUUGCAGACCUUCACAAUUAAGUUGAGGAGAGCAUCUAGAAAAUUAUAAAUGUGAGUUAGAAUUAAUUUGAAAAAGUGAUGAAAAAAAAACAUAAAGAAGAUCGACAACUUACAUAGGAGCAUGAUGAAAGAAUAUAAAUAAUUCAAUAGGAAUAUCUGAUUUCUUAAGAUAGCUUAAUUUAAUAGAUAUGUCAAAGGAAAUCAGAAUAUUUAUAGAUUCUAGAGUCUUUGUAUUACGAAUAUUCACAGUUUAUAUCAUUUUUUGAUCAUGAUGAACAGGCUGAAAAUAAUAAUUAUAUUUUGAUCAUCUAUGAAAUAUUAACAGAUAGUUAAGUAUUUCGUGACGAUCAAAGAUUGAAUUAAACACUAUUAACCGAGUAUAUAAGUCAAAAUAAAGUGAAUAAAAUACAAUCUCUUCAUGCUUCUCUCAAAUUGACAAUUUCUUAAUUACAAAAAAUAGAAGAAAACUUUAAAUUUUCAAAAAACAAUAGCAAAAAAGAAUAAUAUUUACAUUCCCUUAAUGAAAGAUUGAAUUCAUUCAUUGAAAACCUAAAAUAUGGUUAAAGCAAAUUGGAUAUGCUUUUACAAGAAAUGCAAGAAUGCAAUGGAGCUCAAAAAGAAUAAGAUGCAAGAAUUCAAGCUAAUCUCAGUCUCAUCAGUUAAAUAUUGAAGAGUCACUAGGAUAAAAAAAUGGCUGAAUAUGAAAAUUUCAAAAAAUCAAAUGAAAAUCUCAUUAAAAUAAUCAAUCGACUCUCAGAAAUUAAUUACAAACUUAAAUUAUAACAAAAACAGAAUUAUGAAGAUGUCUCAUAAUUGAUGGAAUUGUAUUACAUUUAAAAUGAUAAAGCACCAUCUCUUCAACCACUAUAGAGAAAAAGUACUAUUAAAAUAAUUAAACCCAUAUCUUAUCAAAGAUCAAGAAUUUACUCAGAAGCAAAAAAGGAAGUUCAUUUUGAUUUAUCAUCUCGAACUUCAAUGAAAGAGACCAAUCUUGAAUCGUAAAUUCUUUAUCAAUCUCCCCUAAUAAUUCAACCUUCAUUAGUCACUCAACCUACAAUAUCCGAUGUAUCUCUCUUUACUUCUGGAUAGAGUCUCAACAAAUUGAAAACACAGAAAAAUUCUGAUAGACAAUGGACUUCAAAAUAUCCAACUAAUGUGGAUAAAAAGACUGCCAUCCCAAUUAAAUGCCAAUGUCCUCCCUAAUGUUCAUGUCAAGCUUUAUUAAUUAUUUAGGUUCAUUCAUGUAAUAAACAACUUUAUAUCAACUCAAUAGGUUAGCUUCUAUGCUAAUAAUGUUUUUUCACUCAAAACAUCUAGGAUUAUAAUUUCUAUUGUCCUUAUACAAGAACAAAAAAUAAAUUCAAAAGUAGUAAGGAUUUCUUAGAGGCCUUUUGGUAACACAUAAAGACAUUAACAAUGAAUCAAUAGAUUGUCGAUUUUUGGAAUAAUUUAUAAUUAAGUUGCUAAUAGAUGUUUUAGAUUAAUCCUUUUUCUCAUUCCGACAACCAAAAUCAAAUCAAUUUUAUUGGAUUCUGUCCAGCUUAAUGCAAAUGCAAUCAUAAUUAGAGUAGAUAAUAAUACCACUUAUGUUAAAACAACCUUUAUAUUUCAUCUGAUGGACUUAUUAAUUGUAAAAAGUGUAAUUUUUAUGGGGAUCCAAAAUAACAUUUUUACUAUUGUCCAGAAACGAAAACUUUCAAUAUUUACAGAAGCGGGGAGGAGUUUAUAUAAUCUUUGGAUUUUAUCUCUGAUGCCAGAAGUUAAUAAUAGUUUCUUAGACAAUUAAGAUUAAACAUUCCUUCUGUUUUGUGGGAAUGA